UGACCCCACCAACACUUGACCUUGUGGUAAAUCUAUGCACAUUGUUUGCCCAAAAACCAAACAUUUGUAAGCAAAAAUCAUUUUUCAAUGUGGUGAAAAUUUAUUUUUUUCUUCCUCUUUGGUACUUCCCAUUCCAUUUCAGAUCUAAGAGCAUCAUAACCCCAUUUGGGUUUCUCACUCUCCGGGGUUGGAGGAGGAACAGGGUGAUUGAUCCAACAGAAUCAAAGAUAUUAAAUAUUAGAGGGUGGGGAAGAAAGAAGGAGAAGAAUGGGGUUGGUUGGUGUCCAAGAAAAUGGGAAUGGGAUAUCUGAGAUUCCGUUGGGGACGAAAACCAAGUACACGAGGAUGGACUCUGAUUUCACGGAGGCCGAAGAAGGCUUGUCAACCAACAAGCAUGAUACAAAGAAAUAUGUAUUUGCCUGUGCCAUCUUUGCCUCUCUCAAUUCCGUGCUUCUCGGCUAUGGUUGACGUGGGUGUUAUGAGUGGAGCAAUUAUAUUCAUUAAGGAGGAUCUAAAGAUAACAGAGGUUCAGCAAGAAGUACUUGUUGGAAUUUUGAGCAUAAUAUCCUUGUUGGGUAGUUUAGCAGGUGGAAAGACAUCUGAUGCCAUUGGCAGAAAAUGGACAAUUGGUUUGGCAGCAGCUAUCUUCCAAACAGGUGGAGCUGUCAUGGCUCUUGCUCCAUCCUUUAAAGUAUUGAUGAUAGGAAGACUCGUGGCUGGAGUGGGUGUAGGUUUUGGUGUCAUGAUUGCACCUGUAUAUAUUGCUGAAAUAUCUCCUGCUAUUGCUAGGGGAUCUCUUACCUCUUUCCCUGAGAUAUUUAUAAAUUUUGGAAUCCUUCUUGGCUACAUAUCGAACUAUGCAUUUUCAGGGCUUCCGGUACAUAUAAGUUGGAGGAUAAUGCUUGGUGUGGGACUCCUUCCUUCUGUUGUUAUUGCUGUUGCACUGUUUUUCAUACCUGAAUCCCCAAGAUGGCUUGUGGUGCAGAAUAGGAUUGAAGAAGCUAGACUAGUUCUGUCAAAGAUAAGUGAGAGUGAGAAGGAAGCGGAAGAGAAGUUGCAAGAAAUUCAGAUAGCUGCUGGGUCAGCUAAUGCUGAGAAGUAUGAAUCAAAAGCUGUCUGGAAAGAAAUAUUGUGUCCAACUCCUCCUGUUCUGAGAAUGCUUAUAACUGGUUGUGGAAUUCAGUGUUUCCAACAGGUUACUGGCAUAGAUACAACUGUAUAUUAUAGCCCCACAAUUUUCAAGGAUGCAGGGAUCACUGGCAACUCUCAGCUUCUUGCAGCAACCGUUGCCGUUGGGUUUACCAAAACUCUGUUCAUCUUGAUAGCUAUAUUCCUUAUUGACAAAUUGGGGAGAAAGCCUUUGCUUUACGUGAGCACAAUUGGGAUGACAGUAUGUUUGUUUAGCCUGAGCCUCUCUCUAGCUUUUCUGAGCCAUGCAAAAGUUGGGAUCAUAUUGGCAAUUCUAGCAGUUUGUGGAAAUGUGGCUUUCUUCUCAGUGGGACUUGGCCCCAUAUGCUGGGUUCUGUCAUCUGAGAUAUUUCCUUUGAGACUUAGAGCUCAAGCAUCAGCUCUUGGAGCAGUGGGAAGUAGGGUCAGUAGUGGUGUGAUCUCCAUGUCCUUCCUCUCAGUCACUCGUGCAAUCACAGUAGCAGGAGCCUUCUUUGUUUUUGGUGUUAUUUCUUGUUCCGCUGUUGCCUUUGUUCAUUAUUGUGUUCCAGAGACAAAAGGAAAGACUUUGGAGGAAAUUGAACUACUCUUCCAAGACGAGGGUGAAUUGCAACAAAGUGAGGUAGAAUUGGGAGAUGUGCAGCGUCUUAUGCAGAAGUCAUGAGUUGGUACUUGGUAGCAUGCCAAUCUUCAACAUAAAUUCUUACAUAUUUAGAAUAUAGUAUUAUACUCCUUUGGUGGCAGAAAAAUCUUUUGUUAUAAUAGCGGGCAUUUCUGCUUUAACAAAACCAUGAGAAACUUCAUUCCAGCGUUGUCCUUCAAGCCACCACCACCAAUAUAAGCUUUAACAUUUCUUAUUGUUCAUAUGAUCUCUGGUUAUUUUUUACAUUCUGUAGAAAAUGAGUUCAGAUAGCAUUGUUUCAUCGAGCCAUAAUCGUAAUUAUAUUGAUAUAUUGUCUCUUUCCCAUGUGUGAUUGUAUCUGUCUCUAUGUAACCCUCUAUGGAAAAUGACCAAAGUGUCACACUUUUCACAAAAAAUUACUUGAA